GACGUGCGCGUGCGUCGCCCUCGAGACGGGAGCUCGAGCUCGCAGUGAUGGCUGCUCCGCCUGACGCCGAGAGUUUGGAGUCUCGUAUCAACCGAGCCACCAACCCUCUGAACAGGGACACAGACUGGAGCAGCAUCCAUGCGUUCUGUGACCAGCUCAACAAUGACCUGGAUGGCCCUCACCUGGCCACCAGGCUCCUGGCUCACAAGAUCCAGUCUCCGCAGGAGUGGGAGGCCAUGCAGGCGCUGCUGGUGUUGGAGACAUGUAUGAAGAACUGUGGGAAAAGAUUUCACAGUGAAGUCGGCAAGUUUCGGUUUCUCAAUGAGCUUAUCAAAGUCGUUUCUCCGAAGUACCUGGGCUCGCGCUCACCAGAACCGGUGAAGAAGAAGGUGCUGGAGUUGAUCUACAGCUGGACGUUGGGGCUGCCUGACGAAGCAAAGAUCACUGAUGCUUAUCAGAUGCUGAAGAAACAAGGGAUCAUCAAACAAGACCCUGAGCUUCCGCCUGACAAGCUGCUCCCUGCACCGCGUCCCAAAAACGCCAUCUUCGAGGACGAGGAGAAGUCCAAAAUGCUGUCACGUCUGCUGAACAGCUCGCAUCCUGAAGACCUGAAGGCUGCCAACAAGCUCAUCAAGGAGAUGGUCCAGGAGGAUCAGAAACGAGCAGAGAAGGUUUCCAAGAGAGUGAACGCCAUCCAGGAGGUGAAGGAGAGUGUCGGGCUGCUGACUCAGCUGCUGAAGGACUACGACAGCAGCGACCAGAGCAACUGCGAACUGCUGCAGGUGAUGAAGGUGGAGGCAUCCUCUCCUCUUAAAACCCUAAACUUGGUCUUUGGUGUCCUCCAGGAUCUGUACCAGCGCUGUGAGAAGAUGAGGCCCACUCUGUUCAGACUGGCUAGUGACACGGAGGACAACGAUGAAGCCCUUGCUGAGAUCCUGCAGGCCAACGACAGUCUGACACACGUCAUCAACCUCUACAAGCAGCAGGUGAAGGGCGAGGUUGUCAACGGCAACAACUCUGUGAGCAUGCAGAAACACACGGCACUGCUGGAUCUGUCCGGGCUGGACACCUCGCCUCAGUCGCCGCCCUCCUUCCCAGAGUUCCCCACGCCGACCGACAGCCUGAACCCGCCCUCGCAGGACACGGGCAUCAGCCUGCUGGACGACGAGCUCAUGUCCCUUGGUUUAAGUGAUGGCACUCACAAUUCCAACGCUGCAUCGCAACCCGAGGACUCGACUGCCUGGGACUCCUUCCAGUCCUCCGACAGCAUCGACGCCGACGUCCCGGCAGCACCGAGUCUACUGUUGAGUCCAGACCCCCCUGCUCAGUCCAGGAGUCAGUCGAGAGGCUCCACGCCCGGGAGCUCGGCUCUGGACGAGCUGGACCUGCUGGGCAAGACGCUGCUGCAGCAGUCGCUGCCCCCUGAGGGUCUGCAGGUCAAAUGGGACAAGAAUCAGUCCAAGCCGACCCUCCGAGACCUCCAGAGCAAGUCCGGGUCCAGCACCACUACGAGUCCAAUCCCGUCCUUCCAAUCAGUCCCACAGCUGCUCACUCCAAGUCUGGAGCCCUCGCUGCUAGACGUGGCUCACACAGAGACGCCCCCUCCUCCGCCUCCUGAGGUUUCCCUGACGGAGGUCUUCGUUCCUCUCGAGUCCAUCAAACCCAGUAGUCUGUUACCCGUGACCGUGUUCGACCAGAACAGUCUUCGAGUUCUCUUCCACUUUGCCCGCGACUCGCCGCCGGCUCGACCAGACGUCUUGGUAGUGAUCAUCUCCAUGCUGUCGUCGGCUCCGACUCCGGUCUCGGACAUCCACUUCCAGACCACGGCGCCCAAGUCGAUGGCGGUGAAGCUCCAGCCGGCGUCAGGAGGUGAUCUACCAGCUUUCAACCCCAUCAUCCCUCCCACUGCCAUCACACAGGUCCUGCUGCUGGCAAACCCAAACAAGGAGAAAGUCCAGCUGCAGUUCAGACUGACGUUCACGCUCGGAGGACAGCAACACAGCGAGAGUGGAACUGUAGAAAACUUCCCUCCUCCGGACUCGUGGGGAAGCCUAUAGCACAGACACUCACAAGACUCUUGAACUCGGACUCGACCUCUCUCUGUCCUGAUCACUCCCUCUGCUCAGCCUGUCGCUUCUUCACCUGUCAUGUGUCUGCAGUCUAAUUGGAAACAGCUGGAGUGUGUAAAUAUCUAUUGAAGCCUAUGUUUACUUCCAGACGAGCGUUCAACAUGAGUUUGAACUUUCUUUGCUGCGCUCGUCGGCGCACCUGGACGUGUGACUCACCUGAUGAAUUAAGGCCUGCUCCAGCACUUUUACCAGAUGAAUGUGAAGAGUUGAGCUUGUUUGGUUCCGAACUGGAGCCUUCAGUGCUGUGAAGAUUCCUCAUCCAGUAAACAAGCUUCAAUACAUAUUUGUUGAUACGGUCACUCACUGUUUGCCACAGGAGCGCAAGUUCGCAGCUGCUUUACUUUUACUUUGAAACCAAAAUGGCCGGUUUCUGCUGGUCAAACACUGAACACUAAAGAUCCAAAACGACCUCAGUCAGCUGCACGGGUUCAGUCACAUUUAGAGAUGUGCGUCAUAUCAAGCUAGCUUUCAAAACGUCUGAAUAAAAAAGUACAGCAGCUGCAGCAGAAAGGUUGCUGCUUCUGCUCCCACCUGGAGUGCAGGGGUGAGCCCUGUCAGUUUGGGAGGUCUGCGUGCACGUUGUGUGUCCUCCCGAGCUUCUCUGUGUGGUCCACUUACCCCCCUACAGUGAAGCUCCAGCUUCUCUGCGACGGCGUUGGCUGAGUGACGCGUCUUGAUUUGCACACCUGAGUUUACCCGCCGUACGUGCCUCUUCUGCCGCUCGAGUGUGUUUGAACGUGCUGCUUCACGUUCUCUGUCCGUUCCCCAGCAUUUAAGAUGUAGAACUUAUGUAAAGAUAUGCAACAUGAGCCGCACCUGGACGCUUCCUCUCCAUCGCAUGAUCACCACUUGUUCCUCCUCGUGCUCUGCCACAUUCCAGUCAACCUCUGUAAAUACGAGUGAAGGCCGUUCUGGAUAUUCAGAUACCGAAUAAAAGAUGUUUUCUUUCUUGGUGACUUGACAGCAGAAGUCAGCUCC